AUGUUCAGCGUGCAACACAGAGUCGGGAGUUGGAUUUUUUUGAGGGGCCAAAUUAAGAGUGGGGUAUUUUUCAUCGGACUCCUCCGACACACCGUAAGGGACAUAAUCAUUUUUACAACCUUGGUGAAGAUACAGAGAGGCAGGGUUCUGCAACAUCUGGAAGAGUUAGCUACGCAGGACAACUGCCUCAACAGAGAACAGAAGGGCUCUUUGGGGAAUAAGGGAUUAGUUUUCCAAUGCCGUGAAAGAACGUGCAGCGUCAGAGUCUCUCAAACAAUUAAGACGUCUGACUACUCAAUGGAAGAACGAAAAUUCAUAAACAUGCAUUCCAGCAGGCACUAUAUGUUCGAAGAAUUAAUUAGGAAUGAGCGAACCGCAGAGGGCACAUGCAGUCAAUACGUUCCAUUCUCUCCCACACAACAUUAUUCAUUGAUAUUUCACGACAGGCAGUCGUCAGAUGGACAUGAAUCAAAUGGAGAAUCUGCAGCCUAUAACGAGGUCUUCGAAGGCCUUCCACAGUGA